AUGGCCGACCUUGAAUCUACGCACUCGUCGAGUCACGCGUUGUCCGACGAAGUGGAGCCAGAACGCAGAGAAACUCACAGCGAGUCAGGCGGUCAAUCGUUUGAUGAUCCGGACUCGAGUGGCGACGAUGCGAUGGCCGACGUCGUGGACGUGCAGGCGGAUGUAGCUGGCGACUACGGGGAGGACAUGUUACUUGCUGAAGGAGAGCAGGGCGGUGGCAAGCGCGUCAAGGCCUGGGUCGAUCGGGGGACGGGACAUUGCAAGGGUGUUUACGACGACCACAAUGAUGUUGCUCUGCUUAUCGUCGAGGCGGAAGAUCCCCCGCCGGAAAUCCGACACGCUGAAGGCGCGGAGGGACCUGGAGGAUUUCUCAAGGACGACUUGCUGUUAAAUACGCGUGUGUCCAAGGAGGAGAAGUACGACCGCCAGCAGGGUACUCUGAUUGUCUGGACCGAUCACACGACUCAGCAGGACAUAGCGCUGUCCUUCCAAGAUGUUGAGGGCUGCGACGAUAUCUGGCAGUUUAUCGUUGAGGUUCAGAAACAUUUGAGCAAUCAGUUCGGUGACGAUCAGAAGAUGGCCAUGGCUUCGUCAUCUUCGCCCCUGGCUACCUCUCCGUUACUUGGUUCCUCGACCCCUCAGCUGGGUGGAAUGCCCAGGGAUGAGUGGCAACAGCCUACUCUUGCAAACAUCAAGGACCACGAGAUGUGGUUGCGCAUGCAGGCCAAGUCUGCCGCUGGUCGGGAGCGAGCCGUGGAACAUAUCAUCGGAGAACACUACAUCAAACAGCUCAUUGGCGUUCUGAAUCAAGCAGAGGACCUGGAGAGCAUCAACGAUCUGCAUGCCCUGUGCUCGUUGAUGCAAACUAUCCUCAUGUUCAACGACAAUGGUAUCUUCGAGUAUAUCCUUCAGGAUGACAUCUUCAUGGGGGUCCUGGGAAUGCUUGAGUACGAUCCAGAGUUUCCCACUCUCAAGGCGUCAUAUCGCGCAUUCUUCCGGCAGUACUCAAAAUUCCGUCAAGUGGUCGAGAUCAAGGACGAGUCUAUCAGGAACAAGAUCCACCAGACCUCUCGACUUCUGUACCUCAAGGACGUGGUCCUUGCGAGAUUGCUGGACGACCCGACGUUCGGUAUUCUGAACAGUUUCGUGUUCUUCAACCAGGUGGACAUCACGACCUACAUUCAAUCGGACGAGCAACUCCUUCACGAUUUGUUUGUCGAUUUCCGAACUGAUGAUGAGGGUGGAAAUGACGCCAAGAAGCGUGAUCUCGUCGUGUUCCUCCACCAGCUCAUGGUCAUGGGCAAAGGCUUGCAGUUGGCGAACCGUCUUGCGCUCUAUCGAACGCUUUUGGAUCGGGGUCUGUUGUUCGCGUGUGAAUGGGCUUUCCGCCAGAGGGAAGCCGUCAUUUUACAUGCUGGCGCUGAGAUCCUCACUCUGGCCGUGGAGCACGAUGUCAAUGCGGUCCGUCUGCAUGUUCUCCGAGAAGAGGAGAUCUCGCGAAGAACUCUUGUUCUCGAGGUCAUCAGCCUGCUUCAGAGCACCCGGGAUCAGGGAUUGAUGCAGCAGAUGAUCGAGUCGCUCAAGACGUUACUGGAGGGUGGCCAAGAGAAUGAAGUGAGUUUCUGGUUCAAGGAUGAGCUGACCGUAAAGCAGUUCGCUCGCGUCAAAGAAAUGCCUGUUGUCGAAACCUUCACGCAAUACUUUUACGAUCUGUGCGCUGCACAGUUGUUCGCCCCAGUGUCUGCGCUACCUGAGCUGAAGGACUUGUCGGGUGUGUAA